CACUUUUCCGUCAACCGAAGAAAAAUAUGGUUUCAUUUGCUCUCUUCUAAUACGAAAUAUUAUGCAGAAAUUCAUUUGGUGACCCUUAAGAAGACGCAUUUUCUCAUGAUGGAGUCUUAUUUGGCCGUGUAGUCCAGCGUCCAGCUCGAAAAUCCGAAGAUUCUCGGAAAAUACCAAUCAAGGAGGGCGGAGGACACGCGCGGCGUACCAACGGUUGUUGAAUUCACAACUUCUACGAACAUUCUGCUAAACCAACGUUUGCUGUAUUGGAAAACCAAAUAGAAGGAAGGUCAUAAAGGUAUUCGAGUGGUAGUUGUCUUCAAGUAAGUGGCUGGUGUUAUUUUUUACUUGGGUGUGUUAUCGUAACCUACUUAUUACAAUUUUACCUGGUUCAUAGUAUUGUUUUCAAUUAAAUCAUGGCGUCAGACUCUGACAGCGCUUCCACAGUAAUGGAGCAUGAUUUGUUAAGAGAUCUGAUAAAGAAAAGGGGGUCUGAAAAGGGCAAAUUAACGUUGUUUAAAAAGUACCUAGCCAAAUUGGACCCCCAAGCUAUUUCAGCUGAACAGAUCAUAGAUCUCGAGCUACGGACUGACAAGGUUAGAACAGUAUUUUCAAAAUUCGAAAAAAUCCAGGACAGAAUUGAGACUCUCAGUACAGAUAUAGAUAAAGAGUUAGAGGAGAGGGAGUGUUUUGAGAACUCCUACUACGAGUCAGUGGCUAGGGCAAAGAAUUACCUAAACCAAAAUAAACCCAAUAAUGCUUCAUCCAAUUCAAACCAGGACAGAUAUAGAUAAAGAGUUAGAGGAGAGGGAGUGUUUUGAGAACUCCUACUACGAGUCAGUGGCUAGGGCAAAGAAUUACCUAAACCAAAAUAAACCCAAUAAUGCUUCAUCCAAUUCAAACCAGGACAGUAAUGCUUUUCAAAUUUUUCCAGAUUCAAAUGCAAUUAAAUAUCCUGAUAUUUCCUUGCCAAGCUUUUCAGGCAAUAUCACGCAAUGGAUUGAAUUCAGAGACACC